AUGAGGCUCGCUGAGUACAUUGAAGCAAUGAGUGGUGUGAAGUUUUGGUCACAAGUUAGUUUAGAUACAAUGUUUGAUGUGCACACAAAGCGAAUACACGAGUACAAAAGGCAGCUGCUUAAUAUACUUGGCAUUAUCCAUCGAUAUGACUGUAUCAAGGGAGCUAUCACCAUCCUUCAGCAUUGUGCAUACCUAGUUCAUCUUCUUGUCACGCCGCGCGGCUCUACUCCUCAAAUAUAUUCAAGACAAACACGAAGCUUGCACUCGCAGAGGACGGAACUUGCUCUCGCAGUCAGUGCUUCGUCCUCCGGGUUCGGCACCGGAAAAAGACCCAACCCGCCUAGCCGCCGCCUAGCGACCGCCUAG